AGUGUCAUUGAUAUUUAUAAGAAUUUAAUAGCAAUUUUUUAAAUUGUUUAUUAUUGAUUCUCAAUCAACACAUAAAAACUAUUCCUUUUAACCUGGGAAAAAGAGAUAAGUAAUUACAUAAGUUGUUUUCGCAAACUAGAAUUUUCAAGCAGAUUCAUUGUGUUUUAUCGUUGUGUAUAUUUAGAUAACUGAUAAUUAUAAUUUAUACACGCGUAAAGUAGUAUAUUAAAAAUAAUUAAAUUAUAUAUUAUAAUCUAACAGUCAAGUUAUAGUCGUUCCAAACGUAACUCAGACAACAUGUGCAAAUUAUUCAUAAUAACAGUAUAUGCAAUUAUAACGCAUAUAAGUGCAUCUAGGAUACUGGCAGUCUUUCCAUCACCUUCGAUAAGUCACCAAGUAAUAUUUCGUCCUCUUGUACAUGAACUGGUGCGACGUGGUCAUCACGUAACAAUUAUAACACCUGAUCCAGUAUUUGAUAAAGGAACAGCACCAAGCAAUUUAACAGAAAUAGACGUCCAUGAUAUAUCGUAUAAAAUAUGGAAAAAAAAUUUCGUUGAAAGCAGCGAAUUCGGCAAAGAAGAUAUUUUUAUUAAACAGACUGAAGCAAUACUUAACCAAUUUGGUCAUGUAAUUGAAGCGCAAAUGAAAACAAAAGAAGUUCAGAAUAUUAUAAACAACAAAGAUAUCAAAUUUUAUUUAUUGUUAUUGGAAGCUUGUGCGAGACCGGCUUUAGUAUUCUCUCACAUAUUUAAAAUUCCAGUUAUACAAAUAAGUUCUUUUGGAAUGAUGCUUGAGAGUGAUGAAAUCGUGGGAUUACCGACACACCCAUUAAUAUACCCAGUAUCAACGAACCAAAGAUUGUAUAAUUUAUCAAUUUAUGAAAAGCUGAUUGAACUAUACAAAUACAUGAGAUUAAGCAGAAUAUAUAAAAAAUUAGAGGAGUUGGAAUAUAAGCAAUUACAAAAGAUUAUUGGGAAUGAGUUGCCUAGUUUAAAAGUAUUAAAGAAUAAUGUUGAUAUGCUUUUUGUAAAUACUCAUCCAAUGUGGAAUAAUAAUCAACCUCUGCCACCUAAUGUUAUUUCUAUUUGGGGAAUUCAUGAAAAAAUACCGAAGGAACUACCACAGGACCUCAGAACAUUUUUGGAUUUAAGCAAACAAGGCGUAAUAUAUUUGAGUUUUGGCUCAAACGCUCCAUCGUCAAAGCUACCUCCAGAAAUAAUUCAAUUGUUCAUUCGGGUGUUUUCUAACUUACCAUACAACGUUUUAUGGAAAUGGGAGAAAAAUGAAUUGCCUGGCAGACCACAAAAUGUAAAAAUAUCAAAAUGGUUUCCACAAUCUGAUCUAUUGAAGCACCCAAACAUAAAACUAUUUAUAACACAAGGCGGUCUUCAAUCAACAGAAGAAGCCAUAAAUGCGGGAGUACCACUUAUUGGUAUACCGAUGAUGGCUGAUCAAUGGUAUAAUGUAGAAAAAUAUGUCUAUCACGGAAUUGGGAUUAAACUGGACAUAGACACAUUAAAUGAAGAACAAUUAAAAGCAGCAAUACACAAAAUCUUGAUGGACAAAAGUUACAAAGAAAAUAUUCUAAAACUUCGGACAUUGCUGAGUGACGAACCCCAAAAAGCCUUGGAUCGUGCUAUUUGGUGGACAGAAUAUGUGUUACGUCACAAUGGAGCCAAGCAUCUUCGAUCACCGGCAGCGAAUAUGUCUUGGAUCGAGUAUUAUGAAAUACAAUUGAUACUAACAGUACUUAUAUUCGUCUUUGUAUGCAGUAUCGUUUUUGCUGUUUCUGUUUUUAUCUUAUGGAAAUAUAUACUUCGCAAUUGCAUAGCAAAUAUGAAAAUUAAGACUGCGUAAUAUAUAGGAACGUAGAAAAUACAUGAUUGUCUCGUUCUAGAAGCAUUAGAGGAUAAUAUUAUAUCGAUAGAAGUUAUAUGGCUUUCAGCUUUGAUGACAUUUGGCAAGUUGGUACUGUCCUAUGUUAUCAGGGCUUGGAUUGUAAGAUAUCCUGUACUAACACUAGGUUUUAAGUUACUUUAUUACUAACAUACUAUGAUCCUUUGUUGGGCGAAAUAAAGAAUUUAGUAUUAUUAUAAUAAUCAUCA